AUGACAUCAUCUGGUGAUUUAAAAAAUCAUCAUAUAUCAAUAUUACAUCAUUGGAACAAAGAUAUUCGAUCUGCUCCUGCUAUUCAUCGUGAAACUAAUAUUCCAUUGAGGACUAUCUAUUACAACAUUAAUAAAUUAAAACAAACAAAUUCACUUAAACACCGAGAUGGAAAUAGUCGACAACAUGUCCUUAAUGGAAUAGAAAAAAAAAGCUAUUGGUCAAUAUAUUCGACAGAACAAUGA